GGGAAGUUAAAUAUCUAGACCUGUCUGUGAUUCAACAUUGUUGAAGCAUAGCUUUGUCAGCAUUUUUAAGUAGUUUUACACCAUGUUAAAUAACCUUUUUGAUUUUUUCCCCUAUCAAUCCCAUUCAUGCAGGCACUUUAAGUUUAAAAAACCCUAUGCGGUAAGUUAAAUGCUGUUUAAUAAUUAUCAAUGUAUUUCGUAAUUGUUACAACUAGUUGUAGACCUUUCUGAUAUGUGACCCUGGACCACAAAACCAGUCUUAAGUAGCACGGGUAUAUUUGUAGCAAUAGCCAAAAAUACAUUGUAUGGGUCAAAAUGAUCAUUUUUUCUUUUAUGUCAAAAAUCAUUAGGAAAUUAAGUAAAGAUCAUGUUCCAUAAAGAUAUUUUGUACAUUUCCUACCGUAAAUAUAUCAAAACUUAAUUUUUGAUUAGUAAUAUGCAUUGCUAGAAACUUCAUUUGGACCAAUGUAAAGGCGAUUAUUGCACCCUCAGAUUCUCAAAUAGUUUGUAUCUCGGCCAAAUAUUGUUCUAUCCUAACAAACCAUACAUCAAUGGAAAGCUUAUUUAUUCAUUUUUAUCAAUUUUAAAAAAAUUUGACACUUAUGACUGGUUUUGUGGUCCAGGGUCAAAUAUUUCAACGAUGCUUCAGUUCCCCAAAAUGACCAAUAGAUGCCAGCAAAGACUAUCAAGUAAUAAGUACAUAAAUAAAUAUUAAUUUAAAAUGUAAACAAUUCAGAUGCUUUUAAACCUAAAUUUCAGAUCAUUUGAAACCUAAAACGAAAUUAGUGAGUUGCUCCUUCUUUUUUAAAAAAAAAUAAAAGUAGUGUAGUUUGUGCAUCGACCUUUUUGCUUCAUACUUUUAUAGUCUUUAUCUACACUCAAAACUACAAACAAGCUGUUAAAUAUUGUGUUGCACAACAGGGGCUUUCAAAAAGGCUGAGAAUCACUGAUCUAGAAUAUUACAGAAAAUAUAAAUACGCACCAAGUGCAACCAGAAUUUUACAUUACUAUUAUUAUACUGCAUUAUACUACGUCUUUGUGCUUAUCAUUUGUGCUUAUCUGAACUUUACUACUGCAUUUACUAUUUGAAAUUAUGUAAGAUUGACGCAAGGUGUCCAAAGGUUGGCCCUGACCUAUGUAAAAACAAAAAACACUAUAACUGGCUUUUGAGUAACAGCCUUUUUCUCAGUGAAACCUGGUCCUGGAUAUAUCGAGGUCUUCUCCACUAUUUACGCUCUUUAGCAGUGUUGUUGGUUUGGUUCAGUAAGAUCUCAAACAUGGCUCAGCAGGAAUACAAAAUGCUUAGUGACAAAAUGUUCACGUACAAAGGAACUGUCAUCACUUUGGUAGAAAAUUAUGAUCUUACUCCAGAAUAUAUUGACAGUUUAGUGGAUUUUGAAACAAAGGAUGAUGAUGUCUUUGUUGUUACCUUCCCAAAAUCUGGUACGGUAUGGACCCAACGGAUCAUGACUUUAAUAUACGCAGAAGAUUUUCCAAAAAAAGCCAAUGAAAUCACAAUCGAGCAGAUGCCCUGGAUAGAGUAUCGGAUAACGGGAAGGGAUUACACCACACGUCCAUCUCCAAGACUCUUUUGUUCCCAUUUACUCCAGCCGCUGAUGCCCAAAAUGCUGCAAAGAAAAGGAAAAGUCAUCUAUGUCAUGAGAAACCCUAAAGAUGUUAUGGUGUCAUAUUUCCAUUUUUCCAACAACAUGAAACAACUUGAUUCUUCUGGGAACUUCAAUGAGAUGCUGGAAAAAUUCUUCACAGGAUGGAUGGUUGGUGGUUGCUGGUUUGACCAUGUUAAAGGAUGGAUCACAAAUAAAGACAAAUACAACAUCCUGAUCCUUACUUAUGAAGAAAUGAUUAAGGACCUCAGAGCUGUUGUUGUGAAAAUCUGUGAGUUUGUGGGAAAGGAUCUGUCAGAUGCAGCGAUUGAUAAAGUGGUGGAAAGAGCCACAUUCAAGAACAUGAAGACCGACCCCGUGGCCAACUAUGAGUCCCUUUCUGAAGAUGUCACAGACCGCCCAAAAGGACUUUUUUUGCGCAAAGGAACAGUUGGCGACUGGAAGAACUCUUUAACUGUGGCUCAGAGUGAAUGUUUCGACCGCGUCUACCAAGAAAGAAUGAAGGACGUACCUCUAAACAUGGUCUGGGACUUCUCAGAAUUGCAUGGGUGAAAACUCAACCCGUGACAUCCGUUUUACAAACUAAUAAAGAUAAAAGACUAUCACGAUAAUAAAAGGAAGGCAUAAUGAAUGGAUGUGUUGGCUACAUCAAAACAGAUAACAGAUUAACUAGUCUUGAUGGAGGUUAAAGGGUGUGAAUGCUUGGUAAAAUGACUUUACAGUUUGUAAUUUUCAGCUAAAACCAUUUUUUACCUUUUUAUGUCGCAAAUGUAAAAACAUCCUAGCAGUUAUAUUAAAUGUUGAUGAAUGUAAUCUAAAAAUUAAAUCGCUUAAUUUCCAAAC